AUAUAUAUAUAUAAAUCAGAACUUUAUUGAUUUCGCACUUUAAUUUAAGAACUUUUAAUAAUUAAGAACCACCACCCAGCCUGACUGAUAGAUAACCCAAGAUCUCCUUCAUUAUAUCUCUCCUUCGUCUAUGACGGCCUAUGGCGAUUAAGAGGGGAUUAUCAUCUGGCGCCGGCGUCCGCAACAACAAAGGCAUUGGAUCUCGCUUCUGCAUUAACGUUCUUCUCUGCUUUCUCACAUUUCUCGCUUUCUCCUUUUUCUUCCUCGGCCGGGGACUCUACACCGCUGCUUCCUCCGAUAUAAAUGAACCAUCAAUUGACUCUAGCAGACAGGAUCUAAAUUGGCGAGAGAAGCUAGCAUUGCAGCAUCUUAAAUCUUUAUUCUCUAAAGAGGUAAUUGAUGUCAUUAAAGCCAGUACAGAUGAUUUGGGACCUUUAAGUGUCGAUUUUUUCCGGAACAAUAAUUUGUCUGCAUCCUGGAGAAUUCGAGACAAAACUGCUUCUGAUAAUGCAACUUCUGCUGAGAUCGGUGGAGUGGCAUCAGAUACGAAGCCAGAAACAUCUAAAGGCAAGAAGGAACAUUCUUCAAAUGAGGAUCAUUCUGUAUUUCUUGAGACACCAGCUAAACUUGUCAGAAGGCAACUGAGAGAAAAAAGACGUGAAAAGCGUGCUGCAGAUUUGGUAAAGCAAGAUGAUGAAGUCACUGUCAAGCUUGAAACUGCAGCCAUUGAACGUUCUAAAUCAGUUGAUUCUGCAGUUUUGGGGAAGUACAGUAUCUGGAGGAGAGAAAAUGACAAUGAAAACUCCGAUUCAACUGUGCGCUUGAUACGGGAUCAAAUGAUAAUGGCAAGGGUAUAUACAAGUCUUGCAAGGAUGAAAAACAAGCAUGAUUUGGCCACUGAGUUACAAAACCGGCUCAAAGAAAGUCAGCGUUCUUUAGGGGAGGCAACCGCUGAUUCUGAUUUAAAUCACAGCGCACCCGAAAAAAUUAAGCUGAUGGGCCAAGUGCUGUCUAAAGCGAAAGAGCAAUUGUAUGACUGCAACCUGGUCACAGGAAAGCUUAGAGCUAUGCUGCAAUCUGCAGAUGAGCAGGUCAGGAGUCUGAAAAAGCAGAGCACGUUCUUAAGUCAAUUGGCUGCAAAGACAAUUCCGAAUGGGGUUCACUGUUUAGCCAUGCGCUUAACAAUUGAUUAUUACCUCCUUCCAUUAGAGAAAAGGAAGUUCCCUCGGAGUGAAAACUUUGAAAAUCCUAAGCUAUAUCAUUACGCCCUCUUCUCUGAUAACGUUCUUGCUGCUUCAGUCGUGGUUAACUCAACCGUUAUGAAUGCCAAGGAGCCUGAGAAGCACGUGUUCCAUCUUGUUACCGAUAAGUUGAACUUUGGUGCAAUGAAUAUGUGGUUUCUCUUGAACCCUCCCGGUAAAGCUACAAUCCACGUCGAAAAUGUCGACGAAUUCAAGUGGCUCAACUCAUCCUAUUGCCCUGUUCUACGCCAGUUGGAAUCUGCCGCAAUGAAAGAAUAUUAUUUCAAGGCGGCUCAUCCCACCACACUUUCUGCUGGCUCCUCCAACCUCAAGUACAGAAACCCAAAGUAUCUUUCGAUGCUUAACCAUCUAAGGUUUUAUCUCCCACAGGUUUAUCCCAAAUUGGAUAAAAUUCUUUUCCUCGAUGACGACAUUGUUGUUCAGAAGGACUUGACUGGGCUAUGGUCAGUUGAUCUCCAUGGAAAAGUAAACGGUGCAGUUGAAACCUGUGGUGAGAGCUUUCAUCGGUUCGAUAAGUACCUAAAUUUCUCCAAUCCUCAUAUUGCUAAAAACUUCGAUCCAAAUGCCUGUGGGUGGGCAUAUGGCAUGAACAUGUUCGAUCUCGUGGAGUGGAAGAAGCAGGAUAUAACUGGCAUAUACCACAAAUGGCAGAAUAUGAAUGAAGAUAGGGUGCUGUGGAAGCUUGGAACACUACCUCCAGGUUUGAUAACCUUUUACGGGCUUACACAUCCGCUUGAAAAGACAUGGCACGUGCUUGGUUUGGGUUACAAUCCGAGCGUUGACCGGUCAGACAUCGAGAAUGCAGCUGUUGUACACUACAACGGGAACAUGAAGCCCUGGCUAGAGUUGGCAAUGACAAAGUACAAACCGUAUUGGACAAAGUACAUAAAAUACGACCACCCUUAUAUACGCAACUGCAAACUAAGUGAAUGAUAAUCUGGUAAUUUUUCUCCCGAGCAACUGAAUCGCACCGUUUCGACUAGAUGAAGGCGGGAGUUAAUCCGGUGAAGGCAAAGUCCCUCCUGGAUAUAUAUAUACCUGCAUAUAGUGAAUGCAUUUCAUCUCUGUGGUUCAAAAUUCUAUUCAUAAAAAAAAAAAAAAAGUGUUCUUUAAGAAACUUGGCAAUGAAUAGUUGUUCGUGCCCGAUUCGAUUCUCCAAAAUGUACUUAUGGGGAUGUGUUUGUUGUUAGUUGAAGUUACUAAUUGUAUUCUUUGGACAAACUAUUAGAUUUAUAUCGUAGUUGGACUCUCUGCUUUUUUAAUCGAAAUUUCUGUUCUCUUUCGAAGAAAA